GGGGAGCGACCGGGGUGAUAUAAGGAGCGGCGCGGGGCGCGCUUAGCGAGCCUGGCGGCGGCGGUGGGAAAGGCGUGGUGGCGGCUUAAUGAAUUAAUUAGCAAAUUUAAUUAACGGGAGCUCGUGGGUUUGACUAAGGGAUUAAUUAAGGCGUUAGUUGGCGCCGCGGAGGGUUUUGAGGCGGUUUUGGGGCUUAGUCGGGGAAAUCCGGAAGGGUUUGCGGCCGGUUUCGAGCCCAUUUAUUGAUUUAAGUUAAUUUGUUGCCUUAAUUUAAUCCCCUAAGGGAAUAAUUUAAUUAUUUAGUCGAUUAAUUAGUUUUAAUCGUGGGUGUUUGGCGGAGCUUUGGGGUAUUUUUUGAGGAGUUUCGGGUGUUUUCUGAGGGGGCUUAGGGCUAAAACCACUUUUAAACCCUGUUUCUCCUCAAGUUAAGGUGAAUUGCCUCAAAUUUUUUCAGUUGUAGGUAACUUUUGCCUCAGGUUCUUUAAUUCUGAUUAAAUUUGCUCCAUUUAAACGCGGUUUCAGGGCUUUUUUGCCCCAUUUCGGAACCAAAUUUCUCUUUUAAACACUUUACCUGAAGUUCCACCCUUAAUUAAACCAACUAACCCUAAAACUUAAAUAUUUAUUAAUUAGAUAAAGUGCAGUUAUUUAACAAGCAUUUUAGGUGCUUUUUGGUGUUUUCUUGAGGCAUUUCAGUGCCCAAAGCACCUUUACCCCUGAGUUUUUUAAUACCACUGCUUUAAUUUAUUAAUAUUAAUUAAGCAUUAACUUGGGGGUAUUUCUAUGGGGAUUUGAGACUUUUCAGAGGCGGUUUUGAGGUAUUUCAAAAUCGCCUUUUCAUCCUCCCCUUUCUUAAAUAACUUAAAUAUUUCCUUAAUUUAUUUCUAUUUAUUAAAUCUUAGUCAGUUUUAUUUAAAUUUCCGGGGCUUUUUGAGGUGUUUUUGUAGCAUUUUGGGUCUUUCCUGAGGCAUUUUGGUGCCCAAAACGCUUUUUAACCCUUUCUUAAAUAUCUCAAUAAUUUAUAUAUCUCCUUUAUUACUGAAGUAUAGUGAAUUAUAGUCAAUUUUAUUUUAUUGCAUUAGGGUUUUGAGGACUUUUUGGAGCCUUUUCAGGCACUUUAGAACAAAGAUUGUAAUUUCACCCUCCCCCGUCUUUAAAUAAUUUAAAUAUUUAUCUUUAUUCAAAUUUAGGUGGGUUGUUUUAAUUUCGGGGGGGAUUUGAGGCAUUGAGGUGCCCAAAUCGCCAUUUAACCCUCCGUUUUUAAAACAUAACUUAAAUAUCACCCUAAAUUAUUAAUAUUAAAAUUUAGUGCGUUUUAAUCUGCUAUCUUUAAAUUCUCAGAGAUUGGGGAGGUGGUUUUUUUGAGGCAUUUUAUCUCCUAAACUGCCUUUUUACCCUCUGCUUUUUUUAACAUCGUUUGAACACCGCCUUAAUCCAUUCGAAUUUAUUUUCAUCCAAUUUUGGGAGGUUUCUCUUUUUUUUUUUUGAGCAUUUUUUAGCGCUGUUUUCCUUCCCCCCGCCAUGUUCUACUACCCUGAGGUGCUCCGGCGUCACACGGGGUGUUUCGGCACCAUCUGGUUGGCCGCCACCUACAGCUCGCGGCUGCUGCGCCGGGAGUACCUGGGGGUGGACGUGCCGCGCACCUGUGCCUCCGUGCUGUCGUUCGUGAAUGGUCGCAGCGGGUGGGAGGUCCCGCCCCCGCCGGCCGGAGCUCCGCCCCCCCGGUGCUCGCUGUACCUGGCGGCGAUGCUGCAGCUCGGGCUGGUUCGGGUGUUCGUGCGGCAGUGCGGGAACCUGCUCGAGGAUGUCUCGCAGAUCCUGGACCGCCUGCACCGCGCGCGGCCCCCGCUGGUGGAGAUCGACAUGAGCCCCUCCCGCCGGACCCAGCUGCUCCCCGAUACCCAGGCUCUGAUGGUGGAGCUGGAAUUGGCCCCCGACCCCUUUUUUGGGGUGAUGGGAGUGGAGCUUCCUCAGGUAGAGGAGCUCCUGCCCCCACCCAUUGAGAUCGAGUUCCCCCGAGGGCCCCCCGUGACGGUGUCCCCCGAGAUCAUCACCCUGCGGGAACCCGAAGUGCCGCCGCUGCCGCCGCCCCUGGAGGAGGAGCUGCCUGAAGUGACCCCCAGAGAGCUGCAGCUGCUGCUCGAGGCUGAGGCCGAGGAGCUGCUGCCCCCGGUGGAAGAACUGGAGGAGCUGCCGGCACCACCCCCCAUCCCCCGUCCCCCACCCCCGGAGGAGCCCGCCCUGCCUCCCCCCAUUCCGGAGGUUCCGGUGCGUCGCCGCAUCCCUCGUCGUCGCCUCCCGCCCCACAUGGACCUCGUGCCCCACAUCUCCCCCAAGCUGUUCCGGGCACAGCUGCUCCAGCCCCAAGCCCACUGUCAGCCCCUGGUGCUGCUGGAGCCGCCCCACAGGAUCCGCCGCCCCCCAAGUGAGCUCCUGAACGCCCCCACCCACGAUUGGCUGCCCCCUGAGCUGUGGGAGCUGUGGGGACGCUGUGCCCAGCGCCCUGCCCCUCCUGUGGCCCCGCCCCCGGAGCUGCCCAGCGACUUGGAGGUGCUUCGGGAGGCCCUGGAGCCGAGUCUGCCCACCCUGAUCUCAGAAGUGUCCCUGGAGCCCCUCGAGGAGGAGCCACUGGAGAGACUGCCCCCGGCCCCACCCAUUGUCCCAGAGCUUCCGGAGCUUCCGGAGGUGGUUGAAGCUCCUCCCGACCUUCGGAGACUGAUCCUGGAGCACGCCCAGCGCCCGGGGGGAUCGGAGCUGACGGCCAUGCUGCCCCCGGGGGCAUCCCGCGCACGCGUGGCAAAGAUCUUUGCCCUCUGCCUCGGUGAGUUUAGGGACAUGCCCCCUUCUGCCAAACCACGCCCCUUCCCACAAACCCCACCCCACCCCUUUCCCCACCGGGCUCCUUCCCCAAGCCCCGCCCUUUCUACAGAAGCCCAGCCCCUGGCUCUGACCACCUUUUGCUUUAAGCCCCGCCCCUUCCCCACCUGCUCACCUUCCAGACCUGCCCCUUUUCCCCAAGCCCCACCCUUUCCCCAAACCACACAAGUUUCCUACCCCAUUUCCUUUAAGCCAUGCCCACUUUCCCUAACCCAUCUCCCCAAGCUCUGCCCCCUUCCCACAAGCCACAUCCUCUGUGUCCCAAACUCCUCCCUUUCCUGAGGGGCCUCCUCUCCCCCGCAGCUCCAGCCCCGCCUCCUUCCCACAAACCACACCCAUUGGCCCAACCCCUCUCCCUAAGCCCUGCCCCCUAACCCCAAGCCCCGCCCCCUCAGAGCUCUGUGGUGCCCAUUGGGUGCGCCUGGACCAGCCUCGUCCCUACGGACCAAUCACUGUCGCGCUCCGUCCCCGCCCGGAAUAAACCCCGCCUUCUUCUGGCC